AUGGUUCGCUUGCGACGCCUGGCGCUCGCCGCGGUGCUAUCGCUGCCAAUCGCAGACGCAGCAGCAGCAACAACAAGCGGCAUCUCCAAAUUGGCAGAUCGGCUAUUCAAUGGACAGGGAAGCGCGUUUGAGUUUGUCCUCACCACUCGCCCCGAGGACUGGUCGCGUUGGAACCCGCCCGUCAACGACAACUACACGGUUCAGGGUGCCCGUGGAAAGAUUCGCGUCGAGGGAACAUCGCUGAAUGCGCUAGCCAGGGGCCUGCGACACUAUGCCAAUGACGUCUUGCAAAUGGACGAGUUUUGGUUCGUCGAUACGUACAAGACGGCUCCCCAGCAUCUGCCUGCCCCGAAAGAACCCUUGUCCGGGGCCAGUGUUGUGCCAUGGAGAUAUAAUCUCAACACGGUCACCUUCUCGUACACUUUCCCCUGGUAUCAGUGGGAGGACUGGGAGAAGCUCCUCGACUGGGCGGCCCUGCGAGGCGUUAACCUCCAGCUCGCCUGGGUGGGCUACGAGAAGAUCUUCCUCGACAGCUUGCGAGAACUCGGUCUCUCCAACGAGGACAUCUUGCCCUUCUUCAGCGGACCGGCGUUUCAGGCGUGGAAUCGGUUCGGCAACAUUCAGCGUUCCUGGGGUGGCAAGGGAGACUUGCCGCUGGCUUUUAUCGAGCAGCAGUUCGAGCUGCAGAAGCAGAUUGUCACGCGCAUGGUAGAGCUCGGCAUUACGCCUGUGCUGCCCGCGUUUCCCGGCUUCGUGCCGGAGAGCAUCAAAAAGGUCCGGCCCAACGCGAAUCUCACCGUCUCGCCCAACUGGUUCGCCCCUGCCCCGGACAAGUACACGAGGGACCUGUUCCUCGACCCCCUGGACGACACGUACGCGGAGCUGCAGAAGCUGUUCGUCACCAAGCAAAUCGACGCCUUUGGCAACGUCACCAACGUUUACACGCUCGACCAGUUCAACGAGCUGUCCCCCGCGUCCGGGGACACCGCCUACCUCCGGGGCAUCGCGCGCAACACGUACGCCGGGCUCACGGCCGCCAACCCUGCCGCGGUGUGGCUUCUUCAAGGAUGGCUGUUCUUCUCGAGCCGCAACUUCUGGACGCAGCCUCGCAUCGACGCCUACCUGGGCGGCGUCGAGGACCACCAGGGCAUGCUGGUUCUCGACCUAUACUCCGAGGUGAAUCCGCAGUGGCAGCGCACAAACAGCUACUCUGGGAAGCCGUGGAUUUGGUGCCAAUUGCACGACUUUGGGGGGAACAUGGCCCUUGAGGGCCGCGUCCAAACGCUGACGUCGGCGCCGAUCGACGCGCUCGCGCAGUCAAAGUCCCUCGUGGGAUUUGGCCUGACGCCCGAGGCGUACGAGGGCAAUGAGGUUGUCUACGACAUCCUCCUGGACCAGGCCUGGUCCGCGACGCCGCUCGACACGCAAGCGUACUUUGCGUCGUGGGUGACGAAGCGCUACGCAGGCAUCUCCAGCAUCCCCUCGGAGCUGUAUCGGGCAUGGGAGAUCCUCCGCACCGAUGUGUACAGCAACACCCGCACCGACAUCCCGCAGGUCCCCGUCGCGACGUACCAGCUCCGGCCGGCGCUGUCCGGCAUCGCCAACCGGACCGGCCACUUCCCCCAUCCCACGGCGCUGCACUACGACCCCCUCGUCCUCCAAGGGGUGUGGAAGCUCAUGCUGGAGGCUUUGACGCGGCAGGGCUCGCUGUGGAAGGUGCCGGCAUUCCAGCUAGACUUUGUCGACGUCUCGAGGCAGAUGCUUAGCAACCAGUUCGACGUGCUCUACGCUGACCUCGUCAACGCCUACAAGUGCAGCACCGGCGCCGGCGGGAGCCGUGAACUGCGCUCCAAUACGCCAAACUGCGACGUCAAGGCCGCCGGCGCCAGGCUCCUCUUCCUCCUGUCCACGCUCGACCUCACCCUCCUCACCAGCCGGCACUUUGCGCUGCAGAGCUGGGUGGACGCCGCCAGCGCCUGGGGCAAGGCCGCAGGCAACGAGGACCUCUUCACAUUCAACGCCCGCAGCCAGGUCACGGUGUGGCAGGUGAACGCGACAAAUCUCAACGACUACGCCGCCAAGGCCUGGGGCGGUCUUGUGGGAUCGUACUACAAGGGCCGCUGGUCCAUCUUUGUUGAUGCGCUCGUCGCGGCGAGCUCGUCCGGGUCCUUGGACGAGGGUGCCUUGGCACGGAAGUUGCAGGUCUUUGAGGCAGAGUGGCAGGCUGGCAAGCAGACGGUCGAGCAGGCGACGCCGCAGGAUUUCAGGGCCGUGCUGGCCGGUCUGCAGGGCAGUUGGCCCGAGUUGUUUCUCAAAGUGCAGUAA